GUUUAAAAUUCUUUGAAUUAAAUUCUAAAUUCAAUUUUCUCUACUCGAUUUCUGUUUCAGUAUAUAAAUUUAUACAAGAUUAUUGUUUUAAAAGAAUAGAUUACGGUAAAGUACUCAUUUAACAUUAGUAUUAUGAAUUAUUCUUAAUGAUAUAACGUUGUCUGACUCAUGCAAUAUAUAAAAGAAAGUAUGUUUAACUUGGAUCUAAUAAUAAAGUGUAAUCAUUUUUGCCAAACCUAUAGGUGUCGCCUAAUAAGUGCAAAGUAACAGUGCUGUUAAAAAUUUAAUCGAGUUUAGUUUGAAAAAUCUUUCGAUUAUAAUAUACUUAAGGGUGAUUCUUUCUGAAUUGGAAAAAAUUACAAACAUAUAUAAUAAUAAUUCUGAAAACAAAUGACAAUAAUUAUUAAUGUAAUUUUUUCGUGAUUGGAAAAUUUUUGUCGCCGAAAGAGUUACAUUGUAAGUGAGGGGAGAUAAACAAAUGAAGUGAAACUAACCGACUAAAAACGAAUAAGCCCGAAUAGAAUCGAACGGACUUCGAGUAUGUUCGGUUUUGGACGCGAGCCUCAUUCAUCGCGCCUCCUCGGUUGAGUGUUGUGAAGUAAUAUCGUUGUGUGGUGUUUUUUUUAUUUCUUCGACAAAUACGCAUAAAUUAGCAUUCCCGCGUUGUACUAGGAUCAGUAGUACGAAUAUAUUAUCUUUAGCUUUCAAUUUGUUUUGAAAACAAUUUUAUGAAAAAUGGCGGUUGCGAGUGACGCUCUAUAUAACACUAGGAUGGCGUCUUACGUAUCGUCUAGCGCGUAUUACGGUUACGUACCUCUCUGUACAAGAGAAAAUAUGUUUGAUCAUAUUAAUGAGUGUAAUAGCGACAGCAGUGCACCUAGUAUCGCGAGUAACCAUUACGGUUCAGCUAUGGAAACGGAUGAUGAUGAAUAUGACUAUUCUGCGGCGUCAUGCCGUCUGAAUAACCAUUACGUGAUUCCAGAGACGUCGUUGAGGAGGUGGCACGAGGUCGACAAUAGACAGCAAUACCAUUGUUUAUCACCGACGGAGCAACAACAGGCGGUCCAUGGCGCCGACACGACGCGACGCAGGAACCGGAAACGAUCCAAUAACGAUAGCGGUUCAACUAUAGAAUUGAAAAAAUGUCGUAAAGGCAGCUGCGUUUACUAUGGUACAGGGAAUGCAAAGAACUAUGGAUUGGCCACAAUGCAUUAUGAGUCAACGUCAUUAUGCUUAAAUUCUAUCAACGAUAAAACCUUGGAUCAUUCCUUGGUUAUGACUGAAAGCUGCUGCAGGGCAGCAGGUAAUCAUAGUUUAAUAUGUAAUGCAGAUUAUAGACAUUUAUCACCAAGCAAUGGUUCUAAGUCGAGUGACAGCAGUGUGGAACUUGGGGAAUUAUUGUUCGAGACUCAUGGAUGCUCCAUAUAUCAUCAUUAUAGACAACAACAAUUUGCAAAACAUGAUAUUGAAACGGAAUUUUAAUUAGGUUCUUUAACUUAAACCGUUUUUCAUAUCUUUUCACAUUACAUUUGUAUUGAAGACCAUAUUCUUUGUUACAUAUUUAUAUCCUCUCCCCAAUAUGUCAUUGCUCUGUUCGUGUGGAUCAAAAUAAAUAUUUACUUUUUGAUAGAUAAAAGUUUAUUUUUUUGUUAAAUAUAUCCUGUAGUAUACAUCCUUGAAUGCAUACUAAACAUGAAGUAUUAAAUAUAAAGACAACUUUCACUGCUUAAAUAUUACCAAAAAAUUUACCUCAUUAAUUAGAUUGGCUUUCAAUUGCUUAAAUAGGUGUAUGUAAUUUAUUUUCCAUAAAUAUUGAUAUUUAUAUAGAAAAUAAAAUACAUACACAGUAUUUUAAUUAAUAUUGAAGCUUUUAUAUAUUAUGCAGCUUUUGAAAGUUCAUAAAACUCUGCAAUAGUAAAUAUAAUGAAAUAAAUACUUAUUAUACAGUCACUGAUUAAUAACACUGACGGUAUCGUCUAGUAGUUAAUUUGCCUCUGUCAUGUUCAUCUUUUGCAGUUGUUUCAUCUUCAUCACUUUCUACUAGGGCACUUUCUAAAGUCCCUAAGGCUGCUCCUAAUGAUAAUGUCACAUCGUCUUGCAUUUGUUCAUUAUUUUCUUCAUUGUGAUGAAUCUAUGAGGAACAUUUAAAAUUAAAUAUUUCAUAUAAAAAUUCUUUUGUAUUAAUGUAACAAUAAUUUACUUGUUGAUUGCCAGAAGAUUCAGAUCUUGAUUGAUCAGCUUCUGCUAAAUCUUCAUUGCAACCUGGUUUAAGAGCAGAUGCUGAAGCAGAAGCAUUGUCGUUGUCUGGAGAACUCGAUGUCUAAACAUAAUGAAUAAGUAUACAUAACAUUAUUUUUUAUAUCUAAACACAGAAUACAUUAUAUUCUUAUAUUUUGCAUGGAAUAAAAACAAACUUUUUUUUAGAUAUGUUUUAAUAGCUACUUACAAGCAUUUCUAAGCGAUCUAUUAAUGGAACUUGUGCCAUAGGAGAUGAUGAAGAACCAGCAUGAGUUGAUGCAACUAACUCAUUUAAUGAACACUGAUUUUCCAAAUUAAAACCUAAUAUAGCACCCACGUCUGAAUCUUCGUCACUUGAUCGACAACUAUCACUCCCUGUUUGAUCAGCUGCUUCAUUCUGUUUACAUAUGUUAAUUAAUUAAUUUUUAAUGAAUCUCAAUUAAUUUAACUCUUUCCCAUCGUAGCAGCGCAGAUAUUCUUUCGUUUCGAAUUAUUUUCGUUCACACAACGAGUGACGUAUGUUCAAUUAAUUAUAACUUGGAAACCUUAAUCCAUAGGAUUAUUUGUAUUAUUACUAUAGGCUUUAGUCCGUAACUUAUCUUUUAUUUAUAUUAUACUGGAUAUACUCUGAAUUUCAACGGGAAAGAGUUUGAAUAAAAUAAAAAAUGUAGACAUAAAAAAAAAAAAAAAAAAAAAAAGAAAAAGAUUUUAUAAUAUUAAAAUUAUGCAAGUAUAAAAAGAUAUUUAUACCUGAGCAUUCUGUAGUGGUUGUGUAUCUUGCAAGAAACGGAGACUUAUCAAUAAAAGAGGAAGUCUUUUGUCUUCGCUUAUAGCCGUAAUCUCUUUUAAAAUCGUUACUAAAUUGUCAGGUCUCUUCUUAUUAGCUACAACGAGUGACCUAAUUACUUCUCUCAUUUCAGGACUGUUUAGACAUAUAUGACAAAUUUGUUAAAAUUUUAUCAAUUUAUAAACAUUUUUUAUAAUUAUUUAACUAUAGUUUACCUUAAAUUAUGUAAAAAAUUUUCAUCAUUAGUUGCAUGUGGGAGUCUAAAUGAGCUAUGGGCUUCUUCUCCCGAAUUAUCAACUUGUGAUACUUCAUUUGUUAUGAUAUUACUUCUCAUUGUAGUAUUUUCUCUUUCUUGUUGCUGUAAAUUAGAUUGUUGUUGGAGAUUUAACGAAUACUGUGUUUCUGCUAUCAUUAAUGAUGGUAAAGGUAAAUUAUCUGUUCCCUGUUCGCGAUUUCGUUUAUCCUUCCUGAAAACAAAAAGAUAUUAUAGAUUAAUUCAAAAGAAGGCAUAUAUAUUUAUUACUUAUUACAAUAUAAUUACGUACCCAAGAGAAGUGUGAACUGCACUACUUGCACUAUUUGCAGAAGUAGUAGAAUUUGAAAUGGAUGCUGUAGUAGAAUCAGUUACUGUUUUCGCACUUCCAGAGAGUAAGUUUUGUCUCGAGUAACUGGAAAAAUUGAAAAUGCAGUAUAAGUACAAUUAUUAUUUUUUUUAAAAGCAUGUUUAUAAUGCUAAAAAACUCAGUAGUUAUAACAAAUCUAGUUUUCAUCAGAAUUACAACACACUCCUGUUUAGUAUAAUGGUCACCAUCACAAAAAUUUAUUAUGAUUAUAAUUUUAAUUACAUGCACAUUAUUAAUGGUUAUAAUUAAACUGAUGGAACAUCCUAUUUUAUGAAAAAUUCGUUGGCAAUUCAAUUACAUACCCUUGUAUUACCUACCAACGUAUUUUCCUAAAAAAUGUAUCUUCCACAAUACUAAUUAGUAUUGUGGUCAUUAACCACAGUGCUUGUAACUAAACAAAUGACAAAUACUUGGUGCAAAUGGUUUCAAUAAUAAGUAAAAGGGGAGAGUAAUAAGUAAAAAGUAUAGAUCGUGGAAUUUAUUAUUAAAUAUGAUAAUACAUUAGAUAUAAAGAAACACAAAAGAUGAUAAUGUGCAACCUUGUCAGUGAGGAGGUACUAACUCAAUGGUGUUGAUAAAUUUCUGUUAGAAAUAACAUAUACUUUGAUGGAUAUUUUUUAUAAUGAUUCAAAAUCAUGUAAAACUUUACUCAAACGUUAAUAAGGUCUUACAAUUAGUCAUUUGUUACACCAUAUAUACGUAUAUAAAUCUCAAUAAAUAUAGUUCUUAAAAAUUUGAA